AUGAAUGGCGUGCUCAACACUGACAACACGUCCAUCUUCGGGCUGUCUAUCGACUACGGCCCGUUCGCGUUCAUGGACAACUUCGACCCAGCAUAUACACCCAACCACGACGAUCACAUGCUUCGGUACAGCUACCGCUCGCAACCAAGCAUCAUCUGGUGGAAUCUGGUCAGGCUAGGCGAAGCACUCGGCGAGCUACUCGGUGCAGGUGACCGGACAGACCAGGAGACAUUCGUCACGAAAGGCGUCGAGGAGGACUUUGCGCCCAUCCUCAUCAAGCGAGCCGAGCACAUCAUCGACUCGACGGGCGACGAGUACAAAGCAGUCUUCAUGAGCGAGUACAAGCGAUUGAUGGCCGCUCGGCUAGGCCUCAAAACGCAAAGCGAAUCAGAUUUCGAGAAGCUGUACUCAAACCUGCUAGACACGAUGGAGGCAUUGGAACUCGACUUCAACCACUUCUUCCGCCGCCUCUCAACCGUCUCACUCGAGGACGUUAGCACAGAAGAAAGGCGCAAAGAGACGGCAACACGCUUCUUCCACGCGGAAGGCGUCACUGGCCUCAACGAGGACCGUGCCUCGGCGUCAGCUAAGGUCGCUUCAUGGCUAGAGUCAUGGCGCGCGAGGAUAGCAGAAGAUUGGGGUGAGCAUACUUCAGCUGAUGCAGAGCGCCAAGAAGCAAUGAACAAAGUCAAUCCGAACUUCGUGCCUCGAGGAUGGAUUCUGGAUGAGGGAUCAUACUAUGGUCGAUAA